AACAGCGUAAACAGCAAGCCCCCCUUCGCUCCCCCAACCCAGACAGCGACAGGUAUUGAUUACAUCAAUCGUUUAAGUUGUUUUACUCACUAUUUUAUUUUUACAUAAAACAGGUGGUGUGUCAAACUGUUUAACAAUAAAUAAAAAAGAAAUAUAUAAUAAUAUUAUAUAAACAAUCCAAUUAUGUGCCCCCUCCUACAGAUGGUGUCCUAGGCAGUCGCCUAGGUCACCUAUGCCAAAGGCCGGCCCUUCAAUUGAUCAAAAGAUAAUCGGAGUGGAACUUCAAGAGUACAAAGAUUAUUACGUUUUUUUUUUUUUUUAAUACCCUCUGUUUUCUUAAGACAGUUUAAUAUUUCAAUGGUGAAGAGUAAACAAUUCUGGCAAGGGCUCUACGUUCCUUUUGCCAACUAGAAGAAAAAACAAAAAGAUGGCUAGGGAGUGAAAUAUGUUUAACCAAGCGGGCGGCGCCGUACUGAAGCGAAAGUGAAAGUCGCUGAGAAGCGGCGUGUCAUUUUGGGACUGAACAGUCGUGUCUCCAGCAGGAGAGCGGGAGCUGUGCUGUUGAGGAGCUUGUGCGGUCAAGAAACAUGGCCUCCAGUGGUACCAUCGUCUGUAUGAUCUAUGCUUUUGGGAUAACUGUCGGAGUUGCUAACUCAUUUUUGGAGAUGGACUGUGAUAAGAUAAAUGUGGGACAAUUUGGCCAACAGUCAUUGUUGAAAUGUGUCAUAAAACGACAUGAUGUAAAAGUCCGCUUGGUCAUUUGGCGCAAGAUGGACCAGGAAGAAAAACCUCUCCUGGUUUUCCAAGAGACCAUAAAGAAGCAGGUGGAUGGCUUCGGGUUUGCUUAUCCUUCCUGGAGCCCAAACAACAUGGACGUGUCCCUUCUGAUCGACAACACAAAAGUGGAAGACGAGGGAGAGUAUGAGUGCUCAGUGGUCACGGAUGGGGGUGACAGGAAGAUGACCACUCAUCUCAAAGUGAAAGCCAAAUACAAUCAACCGACCAUUAAAGAAACCAAAGACACACAGGUUUUAAACGCAAAAGGCACCUUGAUUUGUGAGUCUUUUGGAGGAUACCCAGAAGGUAAACUCCGCUGGUUUGACAAACACAACAAGGACUGGACAAAGAGCUCCAACACGACGAUAACAAAGAUGGAAAGUGGUUUGUUUAAAAUCUCAAGCCAGCUGCCGUUGUUCGCACUAUCGACUUUUGAUAUGUACAGCUGCAAAGUUUAUGACAGCAAUGGAAAUGAAGAGGAUAAGGUCAUCUACGAACCCACCGAAUCAAGCAGCCCGGGAGCAAACCAAGGCGAGAAGAAUACAAAGCAGACGACAUAUAUUGCUCCUGUGGUGGUCAUUGGUUCUCUGAUUGUGGGAUUGUUACUUGCUCUGCUGUUGUACAGAAGGCGAAAUCAAAAGAUGCGGAGACCCUCCACCACACCCCUUAUGGGUCAACAUGAACACGUUGAGACACAAGAUCCAGACGUUGAGACUGGUGACCCUGAGGAGGAUGUCCAAUACAGUCAGCCCUGAGGAGGGAUCAUGUUUUCACCAAUGUAGAGAUGACACUUGUAUUUUUCUACUCCUGUACAACUUUGUGUAAAGGCUUGUAUCACUUGAGAUUGUGUUAAUCGAGUGUACACUUUUGAUUCCUUCCAGUUUGCCAGGUUGAUUUUCACAUGGGUUUUUAGGUGAAAAUAACUUUUCUGAGGAAUCCAGAGCAGCUAGAAGACGAGGUGCAAGCAUGAAAUGCUAAUGAAAAAUCAGCCAAAGCUCCGAAUGACUGUUUCGUACUGAAAGGCUGUAAGCCACAUGUUGAAUAUCUAAGAAAGAGAGGUUGGUCAGCAAAUAUGAUCUGUGCGGUUACUGUACAUCCUUCCUUUUUGUUGCAUAUUAUUUUUUUUAUUUUUUAGUUUUCAGAAAGAUUUAUAAAAGCUUAUAUUCAAAGGGGAAAUGUUUUAAAUCAUACAGAUUUUUAUAUGUAUUUUUUUUUCACCAGCCACUAAACUGUGAAGUUUAUCUUUCUUAAUAUAUAUCUGUACAUCAUAAUUUCCUUUUUGAUUCCUCUUGAUCACUUCCUGCUGAAAAUACUAAGGAAAUCAUGUUUUUUUCUUUUAUUUGAGAUAAGAAUAACCACCUUUAAACUUUUUUUUGCACAUACUGUGGUGACAGGAUUUUUUGUCUUUAAUUAAAUCUCCCUUUGUUAGAAGAGAACUAAAAAUAAAUCCUAAAAUGUAAGUUUUCUUUAAAAAAAAAAAAGAAAAAAAAGAGAGACAGUUUAAAGUCUCUCGUUCAGUCUCAGGCAGGUUUUGUCUGUCUCCAAAAACUGUCCCUCGAAGCCAGAUUGCAGCACCUUUGAUCCUAUAUUUGUUAGCCUUCUUCUAUUUCCUGUUUUUUUUUUUUUUUAGUUUUUCUGGAGUAAUUGAGACUACCCUUAUGUAACAGGAAAAUUGUGCUGCAAGUUCUGAUUUCCAGCAAAGCCUAUUUCUCCUUUCUUUGUUCUUGUCAUUUGAUGCCAACUAUCAGUAAAAAAAGAAAAAAAAACAGGUUUAUGAAAAUUAUUUAGAGCAAAGUUCAAGAAGACAUUUUUACCAGUAAAUGAUUUAUAAUGUGCAGUAAAAGACAAAUGUCUGUAAAAGGUUUAAACAAGUUUUAGGAACAUUUGUGAGGUAUUUUGUAUUUUUGUGACUGAUUUUUAUUUUAUCCCAAUUUUCAGGAGAAAAAGAGGCACUGAACUUUAAAGCACGCUAUAUAUGUUUUUUGUUUGAAUUAUUGUAAAGACUGUAAUGUGAUUUUUCUGCGUGUGUUGGGUUUUUAUUAAAAUCCUUCCUUCA